CAGUGUCCUCCUCUCCACCACAGUUUCCAGGGACUCCAGCCUUAGUCCCAGUACAGAGCCAGCUUUCCUGAUGAUUUUCUCCAGUCUAUUAGAGAUAUUCUCAUCUCUAUAAAAAUGUCCACCUCCUAAAAGUUUAAACUUUAUUUCCUUCAAACAAAAAAUUACUUGGCACCGAGAUGUGCCCUGCUUGGUGCGCAUGAGCAGUUCUUUUUCAUCUCAUAUUUCUGUUUAAUCAGUUUAUUAACAGGAAACACAAUUUAUUUGACAUUAUUCUUAUAAUUCAGCCCAGAGGAAACGAUGAUGGCGAUCAUCAUAGAUUAUUUCCUUGUUUCCGGAUUCGCUGCGAGAUGGCACAGCGUGUGACCUCUGACCUGCGCCAUGUGGAUCUGUUAGUCCUGCCGUGGACGUGGACUGCUGGUUGGUUCGUCUGUGGACCUCAUCGGUGAUCCAGGAUGUGUUUGACAGGAACCAGACCCUCAGGAGCAGAAACGCUCGGCGCUGCUGCUCGUCAAACACCGGAGCUGCGAGGACAGAACCAAAGAUGGCGACCUGGUCCUGCUGCAGCUGUGAUCAGGCUGGUCAGCCUGGCGGCUGAACGCAGCUUCUUCCCCGAUGGACUGAAAGUCUGGCUCAGCGGCUGGGGGCGGAGCCUAAGCGACGCUUAUUUUCCGUCUCCUGAGACGCUGCAGGAAGUCGAGCUUCCCAUCAUGUCAAACAUCGAGUGCAGCGCCACGUACGGCUGCGUCACGCCCAACAUGAUCUGCGCCGGGCCGGACUUAUGAGAUAAAGGGUUCUGUGACGCAAGUCUGGUUCUGUUCUCCUCUGGGGUCCGGUUCACUCUGCUGCUGGAGACAGACUUGUCUGGAGUGUCGGUGACCUGUCUGACCCGUGUGCGGCUAGCGCUGAGCCUUGGUGGCGCUCAGCGCUAGCCGCUGAGUUCAGGCCGGUGUGGCUAGCUUCGCUCAGCGUUUCGGCCCGGUUCCCUGGAGUCUACAGCCGGGUUUUCUGGUACCGGGCGUGGAUCGACAGCCAGGCCCAUCGGGACCGACCCGGUUACGUCACAUUCUACCAGGCGUCCGGCGUGUCUGCGACCCACUGGGGGUCCGCGGCCCUCGUGUUGAGCCUCCUGCUGGGCGUCUGGCUGAAAACGGCUGCAGGUGAUUCAUGACCAGAUUCAUUUAAACUUUGUGUAAAAUGCACUGUAAAUAAUCUGAUUCAUCCAAGAAAAGCUCUUGUAUUUAUUUGAGUAAAAUCUAAAAUCAGUAAACAGUGUUUCACUUU